ACUGUUCCGGUCCCCUCUGCCUGAUGGUCUCAUAUACUUACGAGUUCUCACAUCGAUAUAACGCCAGUCUCGCCCGGUGCUUCGUGUAAAUCGGUGAUUCACAGUUGACUUUGGUGAUCAACAAAUUUUUUUCAACAAGUCAUCCAUAAACAGAGAAUGGCGGAUUCAAAUAAAUCAACGCCAAAUUCCGCGAGCAAUCCUCGUCUUGAGGUAAUAGACCGAGUAAAAAAUAUUCCGGUAGUUCAUUCGGCGAUCGAGAAGACGGGCUCUACGUAUGCUUACGUUAAGGAUUCCCAUCAUUUGGUAAAUUGGGCGCUGAGCUUUGCCGAAGCAGGAUUGCAUUAUGCAACCGCCACGGCGGUGCCGCUUACGGCUCCUUUGGCCAAGAAAUUCGAAGGCCAAAUCAGUGCUGUCGACCAGAAGCUAUGCCAAGGGUUAGACAUUGUCGAAGAAAAAGUUCCAAUCGUAAAGAAACCACCUCAGCAGAUUUACGACGCGGCUAAAGCGGUUAUGAGCAGCUCCUUGCAGCCAACCAUUGACAAAUUGAACGCGGCAAAAGAAUCAGCCACGCAACAGGCAUCUACGCUGAAGGAGAUCAGUAUAGCUAAGGCGAACGAGCUUCUAAAUACACAAUGCGGUACCAUAGCUGUACAAGGCAUUGACAACACCAGUUGUCUUGUUAAUCGUCUAUUAGAUUAUUAUUUUCCGCCUGUAGAAGAAGAGGAAGAUGCGCCAACUCCAAUCUCAGCAGACGAGAAUAAAGUGCUUCACGCGGUGCAAACAAUCGGUCAACUGUCGACAAAAACUGCUAAUCGCGUUUAUCAUUCCGUUGCUGCGCAGUUGAGGACAGUGAAGAAGGAAGAUGUGGCGACAUACAUAUCCAGCGUAGUAUCUAUUCUUCAUCUCACGCAUUUUUUAAAUUCUGGUCAAAAGGAGACGGAUGACAACCAGGCAGAUAGCCCAACAGAAAAAAAAGAUGAGGAAAAGAAAUAAGCUCAAAGUCCACUUAAUUCGUUUUCAUCAUCGCAAUUUGAUGUACAAUUUAUAUUAAUCCAUUCACACUGUAGGAUUUUUAAAUAUUUAGAGAAUCAUAAAAUAACGUGCAAAUUUUUCAUUUAAAAAUUUAAUGUGUGUUUUAUAUACAACACUUAUUUUGAAGUUUUUUUAAUAAUUCUUUUAAAAGAAUUUUAUUAAAAAUACGCCAAAAACGCACGAAAAAAUAAUAUUUUUUAUGGGUAAUAUUAUUAGAAUUCUGUGACAAAGUUGAAAAUGAUUUAUUAGCUCUUUCGAAUAUAUGUUUUUAAUAUUCUAUAAUAUACGUAAGUCACAUAAUUCUGUGGUCAACAAUAAGUCAUAUAGUUUUGCCUCCCUAAUAUUUCUUAUGUAAAACUUUUUAUAUUGAUGGAAACUGCAACAAACACACACACACACAUUUCGCUGAUUUAGAAUUAUUUUCACGAGAAACAAAAAUUUUUCUAGUUAUUGGUUAAUACAUAAUAUAUAAACGUAAUUUAAACAUCACGAAACAUAUCAUUUUAAAGGACUGUUACAAAUAUUUAUAAGAAAUAAAAGCAAAUAUAUAUUUUGUAAAACAUUCUGAUAUAUACCAUAUAAAAUAUAAUAUAAAAAAAUGUA